GGAAGCUUCAGUAGUCUACGAUGCCUUGGAGGGGGAGAGCAUGUUUUUUAAUGGUGUACAUAUUUUUUAAACUAAUUGGUUUAUUGCCUUUUGGGAUGAAAAUUGGGAAAAGCACUGGAGACUCUGGGGAUGUCUCCUACUCGAUUCUUGGAGCAAUUUAUAAUAUUCUUCUCAUUCCGAUCCUGAUGUAUAUGGGCUCAAACUCGGUAGCUGCCAUGUUCGAUUUCGAUUAUCCCUACAAGUCCCGGAUGAUCGAGACUAUUCGCGUCACCAAGGCCACCGUUGGGACUAUUGUAGUCAUCCUCAUCUGGCUGCACGUCACUCUGACGCAGGACAGGGCGGCAAAAAUAGCGAAUGGACUGCGAAAUUUUGACAGGACUCUGAUAAACCAGAAGUCCAUCCGACGAUCACCACUUGUGGGUCUGCGAAUUCCAGUAGUUUUUCUCAUCAACGCGAACCUCUGGAUGAUUCUUCUGGUGAUCGAUGUCCUACAGUUUGGAGUAUACGUCGAGAGGACUUUCAUGGCAACACGACUCCCAAGCUUUGUCCUCAACUGGUUCAUCAUCCAGUACUCGCUCCUUCUUAUUCUCCUGGAGAUGAGAUUUCGUGCUAUAAAUGAGGGAUUGAUACGACUCUCGGUGACAUUUACGUCGACGUAUACCACAACGGAAAUUACCUCAGACGAUUUCACGGUGCGCCGAUUGCUGGACAUCAGGAAUUCCUACGAGCUUCUUUACAAAAUAACACGCGAUAUUUCCCACCUGUACUCACUGCCUAUUCUAUUUGCUAUUACCGUAUCAUGUGGGGCUAUUGUCGAUACGUCAUAUUAUUUAAUUAAACCGUUCUUCGCUGGUCUUCAGGAUCUCACGUCGUUGUUGGCAUUGGACUCUGUUCUCUAUCUAGCUAUGGAACUGUUUCCGGUUACCGCGAUGGCCAUCAGCGUGACCAGAAUAAAAAAUGAGAUGGAACUCACAGCUGAUGCUGUGCACGAUCUCCUGAGUGUUGUCACAACAUUUAGAGAGCUGAAAUCUCAGUUGAAAAUCUUUUCGUUGGAAUUGCUCCACAGACGGGUAGACUUCACAGCCUACGGCUUUUUCUCACUGGACUGCACUCUUCUCCAUUCAAUAGCUAACAUGACUGGAACAUAUCUAGUAAUUCUCAUGCAGUUCUAUUCUCUCAAUCUCAAGAACGAGUGCGACUCAAGGUGCACAGAUCACCCCAAUCCCACAAUCAGAUUUAAUGCAACAACUCCCCACGGGGAAUUGUAAUCUCCAAGAAUUAAUUGGUAUUUAUCAGCCAAAAAAAUCCACUGCAUCAUCAAAUUCAAAUAUUUGAUAGUAAAAACUCAGUAGAUUCCAAU